GAUCAGUUUUAGUUUGUGUAUCGUUGAGAUAGGUACUGUUUUUGACAAAAAGCAAAAGUUAUCAAAUAAAAUUGUUUAAAAAAGAACGAAAUUUUUGAGUGAAAUAUAAUCUAAAGAAGAAUAAAAUAACUCACAGUGCAGUUUCUAUAGAUACAAAUUAAAUAAAAUAGUUAAUAAACAAAGAAUUGUAAGAUUCAAAAGCUUAAAGCAAAAAAAAUGCCUUUGUUAGCACAGUUUCUGUUUGCCACAAUUUUUGUGCUAAUCGCGGCAACUUUUAACCUCACUCAGGGGGCACGAAUUCUAGUAAUCCUCCCUGUUCCCCUGCGCGAUCACCAAAUUGUCUAUCGUCCCCUAGUUGAAUCGUUGGCGAAACGUGGUCACAAUCUAACAAUCGUGACUACCGAUCCAGAAAAUUUCGUGAAUCUAACAUCGGCGUCGUCGGUUACAAAUGGAGGGUCAGUGCACCCCAAACAAGUUGAAUUAAUCGAUCUAAGUUUCGCACAUGAAUUGAGUGUUUUGAAUAUGCUCAAAAAUCAAGAGAAUAUGAUGAGUGGAUCGGAUAUGAUGCUGACCGUGUUUCAUGUUAUGCGAACUGUGGCCGUUGCCGAAUUGAAAUCACCUCAAAUGCAGGGGCUAUUGAUGUCCAAUAAUACAGUUCGUCGGCACCAAAGACGUCUCUCUAACGCUCAUAAUAAUGGAAAUAGAGAUCGAGAAGGAGAAUACGAUGCAGUGUUAGUAGAUUGGUCAGGACCAGCACUGAUGAAUGCUUUUGCACAUAAAUUUAAGGCUCCACUGAUUGGAAUCACCCCUGGUGGUGCGUAUAUCACUUCGCACGAGGUCAUCGGCAAUCCUAAUCAUCCGGUAGCUUUUCCCAGUAUAUUUAUGCCAUUCAGUGAAGAUCUUUCGCUAUUCCAACGUGUUGCCAGUACUAUCUUCACUUUGAAAUCUAGAUAUCUCUACUUCAAUGAAGAGCUACCCAAACAAGAUGAAAUUGUAAAAAAGUUCUUUGGUCCUGGCACACCGUCCAUUUGGGAAAUUGAAUCGAAUGCAGAUCUACUCCUGGUGAAUUGCUAUCAGGCAUUGGGCAAUGCCCGUCCAGUUGGACCCACAACCAUUCACAUGGGUGGCAUUCAUGCGAUAGAGGACAAAUCGCUGCCAUGGCACUUGCAACAUUUCCUCGAGAGCCAAGCAAAUAUAAAUGCUGGUGCUGACGGUGGUGGUGCUGUUGGGUCUAGUUCUGGUAGCGGUAACGGCGGCGGUAGCAUUGGCGGAAAUAACAUCGUGGCAUACAUUAAUCUUGGGGCUAUGCUUACACGUGCGUUUGUGGAGAGUCAUCGGAUGGAAAAGCUCGUGAAAAUACUGGAAAAAUCUAGCUUUGAUGUUGUACUUAAUACAAAUGGAAUUGGCGAUGGCUACGCAUUAAAUACGACGACAAGGAUGUAUCAAGGGUCAGAUUUUGAACAGGAGAGUCUGCUAGCUCAUGAAAAUGUCAAACUUUUUAUAACACCAGGUGGCCAGCGUGACAUCGAAGAUGCCAUCCAUCACAAAGUACCAAUCCUGGGAAUUUCUUUCUCAAGCAAUUUGGAGCAUUAUCUUUUACAAAUUAUCAAACACGAUGCUGGUUUGGUGUCAAACUUUGACAUGGAGUCGUCAGCUGAAUUACUGGCAAAAAUAGAAGCAUUUGCCAUUACACAAAGAUAUCAAAAGAACAUCAACAAACUGCACAAAAUCCUCACCGAUGAACCAAUGCGACCUGUGGAACGUGCCGUCUGGUGGAUUGAAUAUGUUCUCCGUAAUAAUGGAACUCAACAUUUGCGUCAUUCAUGGGUUAAGCUUUCAUGGGUUCAAUAUUUGCUAUUGGAUGUUGUCUUAGCUGUUUCGCUGAUAACGUGUGCUUUUAUUUUUGCCGUUGUCUGGACGUGUAUACGAAUUCGCCGUUAUUCGAAAAGUCUUCCAUUCGAAAAGGUUACAAGACGAACUAAAGCAAAAAUGAUGUAAGAUAAGACAAGAACCAUGUUGUGAAUAACUAUAGAAAUAUAAUAAUUUUAAAAAGUUUGUUCAAAUAAUUGUAACUGAUGAUAAAUUGAUAGAUAUUUUAUAUAGUUUUAAUUUUAUUUAUAAAUGACACAAAAGUAGAGUAAGAUGGAAGCUACCAAGUAGGAACUGAUAAUAACUACUAUUUGUACAUUAUAAGCUUUGAUUUAUAAAUAAUGUUUUUUAAGUUGAAUAAUUGUGUAACAUUCUAAAUGUGAUAAUUAUGCCAUGAUUUGUUUUGCUUUAGAUUUAAGUGAUACAGUGACGUACCAAAUACAACUAUGACUCUAAGUUUUUAAGUUCUAAUUAGAUUUAAGGCUAUUAAGAAAUUAUGUAAAAAAAAAAUAAUAAAAUUAUGUUUUUUAUGUUAAGUUAA